AUGGAGCUCGAGAGCGACGACCGUGCAAAGCGAGGCACGUCGCGCGCCGAGAGCCUUGCCAUGCUCGAGUUCUUGCGCAUUCCGGACAACUUUGCGUUGAUGACUGGCCAGGCCUCCAAAGGAAAGUCGAUGAAAGGCGGGCAGAGGCUCACAAAGGCCCACGGCCACGCCCUAAUGGCCGAUUAUGUGAACAUGGUCGUUCGCGAUAGCACGCGAACGUGGACAACGCAGGACGCAAAGUCCCGAUACGAUGCGUACGGCUCGUCAUAUAAAAAAGCGCUUCGUUGGUGCGGUCCGAACAACAGCGGGCGAGGUCUCACUCAAAAGGACUACAAACGAAGUAAAACAUAA